UUGGGUACUGCUGAUAUCAUAUUUCAAUUUCUAAGUUCACCAAUCACGGUUAACUGUGGACUGACGCAGCUAAUCAGAUCAGAUACAAAUCGCCUUACCUGUGUUCGAACCAAUAUAUAUUCAAAAAUAAUUUUUCACCCGGAAAUUUUCCAACUUCGUUAUUCAAUUUUCCCGCCCCCUCAUUUUCGUGGCAAAACUUUACCGUUUUGAUUCGGAAAAUGAAAGUUUGCAUAACUCAGUUUCUCACAAGAUUUCUCUUCUUUUCGGUAUUGAUAAUUUUCAGGUGUUGUUCGAGUAAUGGAAGUGGUGAGAAGGAGAGAACAUUAGGUAUAAUAAAGCCAGAUGGAGUAUCUGGUAAUUAUACUGAUAGGAUAAGAAAAGUUAUUCUGGAAUCUGGUUUCCACAUCAAUAAGGAAAUGAUAAUUCAGCUUGAUGAAGACAAUGCAGCAGAUUUUUACGCUGAGCACUCUUCCAAGAGCUUCUUUACUAGUCUUAUUAAAUACAUGACUAGUGGUCCGGUGUUGGUUAUGAUUUUGGAAAAGGAAGAUGCUGUUGCUCAUUGGCGACAUUUGAUUGGACCCACUGAUGCGGGCAAGGCCAAAAUUACUCAUCCUCAAAGCAUCAGAGCAAUGUGCGGGGUAGAUUUGGAAAAGAACUGUGUUCAUGGUUCGGAUUCCCACCAAUCGGCUCAAAGGGAGAUUGCAUUUUUCUUCAAAGAGACACCUCCAGAUGAGGCAGUCAGAAAGCACGAUGAACUGUAACUGGCAAGUGCUCAAAGCUGAAGCUAUAUGAUGGUUAAGCUUAUUGUUAGAAGUUUGUACUAUAGACUUCUCUCUCUUUUUGUCUUUUGUUCUGCGAGUGGGGCAGGGGUGGGGUUGGUUUCAAUGCCUGCACUACAACAAGGAUAGCCUGUCCUCUUCUCAUAAACCAUUUAUCACUGGUGAAGGCAGAAUGCUAUACAAACCUCUUCUCUUUGCUUCAACUGUCUUAAAAUGGAGUAAUUUGAGGUUUAUCAACAACAUUAGUAGCAUCAAGUGUCCUACAAUUGUUCAUAUCCCUUUAUGGCUUGCCCAUGGCAUCUUUCCAACGUGUUUCUCAUCUUUUACCAUUUACAAGUUCAUUGUCUUGGGUUGUUAUGUGAUUUGAUAGGUUUGUAGGGUUCAUAUAUGCCAGGUGAUCUAAUGUGGGAUUUUGUACAAUGGAUGACUUGUUGCUUGCCCUCCAAAAAUGAUUGUAUGCAGUUUGAAGGAAAUGCUAUAAUGUCAUAGAUAAAGGGGAGUACGAUUCUAUGAAGAAUAUAAAUUACAGUAUCUAUUUUGUGAGAUUUUAACAAUUAAUUCUAGCCAUUCAUCUUGUUAUGGCAUCAUAGAAAAACCUGCACUAUGGACAUUGGAGACACUUUACGUACUCCAUUUGGCUUAGAUUGUAAGAAUUUUACAGUAUUAGAUUA